AUACAAACACUCCCCGAGGCUUGAGGGUUUUUUUAGCGCUGGACGAGGGAAUCCCCGUCCAGCGCUAAAAAAGCGCUGGACAUAUUAAAGUUUUAGUACGAUCCUGGCCGCUGGAUAUGCAUCCAACGGGCCAGAAACCGUGUGCUGUUUAACCGGUCCCUGGCAUACGGCUGCCAGGGACCUGGACCCUUAAUUCACACCGCCUUUGUUUCAUCUGCUCUACCAUCUCGCGGCUAUUGCUAUGGGCACCACAAUGAUACAGGAUAAUGUGUUGGCAAUUACCGAUCAUGUUAUUUUGCCUAUUAGCGUAGUACUCAAUGCGAUCAAAGAAAUCAAGACAGAAGGAAUCGAACAAACCGAUCCUUUGGUUAUUACUCAAGCUUCAUUAAUAGGCUCCUUGCCUGUGGAUCCUUCCUCUGUGGAUAUUGUCGUUUGCAUCUGCCAUUCAUUGGAUUUUCUUGAUAAAAAAUUGUUGGAUGAGUUCUCACGAGUGCUGAGACCUGGCGGACAGAUCCUCUUCCAGACUUCACAGUCUACCCUUGACCAGACAACAUCUUCUUUACAAGGAAAGCUUCUAGUUGCCGGCUAUGUUGACGUGCAGAUUGGUACAAUGACAUUAACAGUGCCAUCAGAGGUUUCACAGCCUAUUACAGUAAAGGCAAAGAGGCCUUCUUGGAAGGUUGGCUCGUCAUUCUCUAUAAAAAAGGCAAUGAAAAAUUUGCCCAAGCUUCAAAUUGAUGAUGAUAUGGAUCUCAUCGAUGAGGAUAGUCUUUUAUCUGAAGAUGAUUUAAAGAAACCACAGAUCCCACCUGUUGGUGAUUGUGAAGUCAGCAACACAAGGAAAGCUUGCAAAAACUGCAGUUGUGGACGGGCUGAGGCAGAACAAAAAGUACAAAAGAUAGGACCAACUAUGGACCAGCUGGAAAAUCCUCAAUCAGCCUGUGGCAGUUGCGGACUUGGUGAUGCUUUUCGGUGCGGUUCAUGCCCAUACAAAGGUCUACCUCCAUUCAAACUUGGAGAGAAGGUAUCACUGUCUGGAAAUUUUCUAGCAGCUGACAUCUAAGUUGGCGGCAGGAGGUUUAAUUAAAAAAUUUCUGGUGGUGCUAUGUUGUGCUUGAUCUUUGGAAGCAAGCAGUUUUUGUUCUUAUAGAGAUGCUGGCCUAGCUGGAUUUUCGAAUACGAUAUGUGUGCAACUAUAAUAGACUUUAAGUUUGCAAAGUAUUAUGAGCUAAUGAAUUGUUUUGUUCCUUUUCACUAUAUCCGUUUAAUCUUUUCUUUACUAUCUUGUAAAACAUAGAAAAACAGUGAAGCUCUGCCUACCGCUCUUACACUAAGAGGAACGGAAAUAUUGAAUGAAGGUUUAACCUUGAUGAUUGAUUUACAUUUUACAUUUGAUUUCUUGAA